GGCCGGGCCUGGGCCGGCGGGGAGCGGAUUGGUCGGAAAGUAGGUUAGUGGUGCGACAUUUAGGGAAGGCAGAAAGUAGGUCAGGGACGGAGGUGCCUGUUUACCCGCGCCGGACUUGCCGCCGCCGCCGCCGCGGGAUCCGAGUGCGGGUGCGGGCGCGGGCGCUCGCGGCGAGCCACGGAGGUGUUGGCUGCAGUGGAUGCUUUUGGAACCAAACUUAAGGUUUCAAAUGUGGAACCCCAGGCCUUCAUUGGAUUUUGGAAGAAGUUGACUGCCUGGAAGGAGGUUACAAAACAUGAAAGUCACUUUGAGGUGACCAGCAAGUGACAGUGGCCCCUUGCAUCUCCCACACUGGAUCGAAGCUUGAGAACUAUAACUUCAGAUGUGGGAAUUUGGGCCCAGAGGGUGGGAGUGACAGCCCCAGUCAAAUCCUGUGGACCUUUGAGCCCUUGGAGGCCCACUGGGCAACCCCUCUUCACCAGGGAUUGAAGUUAGAGCCCCUUGCAAGCACCUUCCUUCCAAUGGCGGACCAGAGAAUGGAUAUUUCCUCCACAAUCAGUGACUUCAUGUCUCCGGGCCCCACCGAUCUGCUCUCCGGUUCCCUGGGCACCAGUGGUGUGGACUGCAAUCGCAAGAGGAAAGGCAGUGCCACUGACUACCAAGAAAGUAUGGACACAGACAAAGAUGACCCUCAUGGAAGGUUAGAAUAUGCAGAACACCAAGGAAGGAUCAAGAAUGCAAGGGAGGCCCACAGUCAGAUUGAAAAGAGGCGUCGGGACAAAAUGAACAGUUUCAUUGACGAAUUGGCUUCUUUGGUACCAACAUGCAAUGCAAUGUCCCGGAAGUUAGAUAAACUCACCGUGCUGAGGAUGGCUGUUCAGCACAUGAAAACCUUGCGAGGUGCCACCAACCCAUACACAGAAGCAAACUACAAGCCAACAUUUCUAUCCGAUGACGAACUGAAACACCUAAUUCUCAGGGCAGCAGAUGGAUUUUUGUUUGUCGUAGGAUGUGACCGAGGGAAGAUCCUCUUUGUCUCCGAGUCUGUCUUCAAGAUCCUCAAUUAUAGCCAGAAUGACCUUAUUGGCCAGAGCUUGUUUGACUACCUGCAUCCAAAAGAUAUUGCCAAAGUUAAGGAACAGCUAUCUUCCUCGGACACUGCGCCCCGGGAGCGACUCAUUGAUGCCAAGACUGGACUUCCGGUUAAAACGGACAUAACCCCUGGGCCCUCCCGAUUAUGCUCUGGAGCUCGCCGCUCUUUCUUCUGUAGGAUGAAGUGCAACAGGCCUUCAGUAAAGGUGGAAGAUAAGGACUUCGCCUCCACCUGUUCAAAGAAAAAAGCAGAUCGAAAAAGCUUCUGCACAAUCCACAGCACAGGCUAUUUGAAAAGCUGGCCACCCACAAAGAUGGGGCUGGAUGAAGACAAUGAGCCAGACAACGAGGGCUGCAACCUCAGCUGCCUCGUGGCCAUCGGGCGACUACACUCACACAUGGUUCCACAACCAGUGAACGGGGAGAUACGGGUCAAAUCUAUGGAGUAUGUUUCUCGACACGCAAUAGAUGGGAAAUUUGUUUUUGUAGAUCAGAGGGCGACAGCUAUCUUGGCAUAUCUACCACAGGAACUUCUAGGUACAUCAUGUUAUGAGUAUUUUCAUCAAGAUGACAUAGGGCACCUUGCAGAAUGUCACAGGCAAGUUUUACAGACAAGAGAAAAGAUCACGACUAAUUGCUAUAAGUUUAAGAUCAAAGAUGGUUCCUUUAUCACACUACGAAGUCGAUGGUUCAGUUUCAUGAACCCGUGGACCAAGGAAGUAGAAUACAUUGUCUCAACCAACACUGUUGUUUUAGCCAAUGUCCUGGAAGGCGGGGACCCAACCUUCCCGCAGCUAACAGCAUCCCCCCACAGCAUGGACAGCAUGCUGCCCUCUGGAGAAGGUGGCCCAAAGAGGACUCAUCCCACUGUUCCAGGCAUUCCAGGGGGAACCAGAGCUGGAGCAGGAAAAAUAGGUCGAAUGAUUGCCGAGGAAAUCAUGGAAAUCCACAGGAUAAGAGGGUCAUCGCCUUCCAGCUGUGGCUCCAGCCCACUGAACAUCACAAGUACGCCUCCCCCUGAUGCCUCUUCUCCAGGAGGCAAGAAGAUUCUAAAUGGAGGGACUCCAGACAUUCCUUCCACUGGCCUACUACCAGGGCAGGCUCAGGAGACCCCAGGUUAUCCCUAUUCUGAUAGUUCUUCUAUUCUUGGUGAGAACCCCCACAUAGGCAUCGAUAUGAUAGACAACGACCAAGGAUCAAGUAGUCCCAGUAACGAUGAGGCAGCAAUGGCUGUCAUCAUGAGCCUCUUGGAAGCAGAUGCGGGGCUGGGUGGUCCCGUUGACUUUAGUGACUUGCCAUGGCCACUGUAGACACUACAUUUUGCUUUGGCAACAGCUACAGUAUCAAAGUGCAUUACUGGUGAAGUUUUACGGUCUGUGAAGCUUACUGGAUAGGGAGAGAACAGCUUUUAUGUACUGACUCCAUAAAAGCCAUCUCAGAGCCAUUGAUACAAGUCAAUCUACCAUGUGUAACUUCAGACAAAGUGGAACUAAGCCUGCUCCAGUGUUUCCUCAUCAUUGAGUUUGGGCUAGCUGUGGAUAGCUUGCAUUAAUUGUAUAUUUUGGAUUUUGUUUGUGUUGAAUUUUUUAAUCAUUGUGCACAGAAGCAUCAUUGGUAGCUUUUAUAUGCAAAAUGGUCAUUUCAGAUGUAUGGUGUUUUUACACUACAAAGAAGUCCCCCAUGUGGAUAUUUCUUAUACUAAUUGUAUCAUAAAGCUGUUUAUUCUUCCUUGUAAGAAUCCUUUACUAUAAAUAUGGGUUAAAGUAUAAUGUAUUAGACAGUUAAAUAUUUUUAAUAAAUGUUUCCCUUGUUCUAUAAGUACUGUUCCCAUUUGAUAAUUAGGGAGAAAAUCUUCAUAUGCUACAUGGCUGGUUCAUCCAUUUCAACAGUGGUAUAAACACACUCCUGCUGUUAUGUUUACAAUGUCCUUUUGCUCUUAUAAUAAUAACUUCUUCCAUGCUACCAGCUUAGACAUAUUAUAAAAAUAGUUCACUUCCCAACUGUAGCCAUCUCAACUUACAUGAAAACAAAGAUAUUAACUCCAAUUUUCAGUGCUUUGAUUUCAAGAUUACAAGCUGGCUUCUCUAGACCUGCCAUGCAGUUUGGUGCUGCUCAAGUCCCUUCCCAGGGGUAGACAUAAGCAACAUCUACUCUUUCUAUGGUCCGAUCGACAAACUGAGAUGUGAUUCCACCAAACUAAAGUUCACUCUGGAAACCAAUGGGUUUACUGGGCUUCUAUACAGAACAUAGGUGAGAGGUUCCCUACAGAGGUGCUCCUACUCAAGGCCACACUAGAAAGCCUUUACCCAACUGAGAAAAUGGGUUUCCCAUAGGCAUCCAGAUGGAGCCUUAACCUCAUUUCCUCAUCUUCCCCAACCUUAUAUUAUAUAUUCUUAUUCCUUCCCUGAGGCCAUGUCCAGUUAAAGGCAGAAUUGUAUAGAACUGAGGUGGGAACAGCUGUCAGGUGAGGAGGGUCUUGUGAUUUUCUCCAUACCUCCCUGGGGGAUAUACAUAGUCAAAAAGCCUAGUUAGGAUGUUCUUUUGCAAGCAGGCACAGCUGAGCACUCCACGAUGGCAAUUCUGUGGCUCAGGACAGUCCUGGACUAUUUAUAUGGCUGCAAAAAGUUAAGUGAUCUAAGACCCAAAGCACUAAAAAUAUUAAUGAUUCUUUGUUGUAAACCGUCAAAUAUUUAAAUAGUCUGAUGAAUAAAGCAGCACAGAUUGAUGGAAA